GGAGAGAGAGCAUUUUAGCUUCCUUCAGCCGUCUCUCCCUCUCCUCCCAGCACAAACACAUGCUCAUACACACUCCCACCCUCUCUUCCUAACACACACACACACACACACACACACGCACACAGAUAAUUGCACGCACACACACACACAUAGACACACUCACAGACACAGACACAGACACGAUUGCUUUAGGGUAUACCAGUCGGCUUUGGCAGUCCUCUCCUUUGUUGUUUUUGCUUUUGGUUAGUCUCAGCGGCAGCACGGCGUGCGCCUGUAUCGCUGGGGUGGGUGCAUGUGUAUGUGUGUGUGUGUGUGUGGAGUCUGCGAGGCGGUGUGUGAAGGAUGCCACUAGCAGCACCCGGGUAAGUCAGCUCCUUCCUUCUUUUUCCCCUUCCUUCCUUCCUUCCUUUCUCUUUUCUGCCUUUCUUUAUUUUCACUCUUUCUUUGUGCUUUCUCUUUCUCACGGCUCUCCUCUCUGAUCUGCAGUCUCUCCAUCUCGCCUGGGAUGCUUCUCUCCACCUACCGUGCACGCCCGCUACGUACAGCUCUCUCUCCUCUCUCUCCUCUCUCUCUGUUUCUCUGUGCUCGCUCUGUGUUGCUUUCUCUCUCCCUCAGUAUCUUUCUCGGUCUGCGUUACACCGUCUCCUCCCGACUGUGCUCUCGCCAUCCCUCCUUCCCUCGCCUGUUUCCUCCUCUCUCUCUCUCUCUCUCUCUCUCUCUCUCUCUCUCUCUCCCUCUCCAGGCUGCGCCUCAUUGGUGUGUCCUGAUUCCCUUUUUUUCCAUUAGGCUCCAGGCCCAUUGGUCGCCUGCCUUCCAACCAUUAUCUCUACUCUACCACCCCUCUGUCAUCCUUUCUCCCUUUCGCUCUCCCUCCUUCCUUCAUUCCCAGUCAUCUCUCAAGUCGUAAAAAUGAUUUGCAUGCAGGAGGAGAGCAGAACUUUGCAGUGAGCACACAGUGAGUGAACUGGGAGAGAGUAAGGGAAAGAAGUGAAAGAGAGGCUGAAAAAAGGAGAGGAAGCGCAUUGUGGGGAGCAGGAGGAAAAGUUUAAAGAGAAGACUGCAGUUGAAAAUGAGUUUGGAGGAGACGUGGUGAGCCGUUCUUCUCCAGCUGAACGUCAGUCGGUCACGGUGGAAGCAGAAGUCUGGACCAAAGAGCUGUCUCAACCCCCAAACCAUUUCAGAUGGAGGUGGAUGCAGACGAUAAGCGCCAUCGCACACGCUCCAAAGUGCCUGUGGAUCCAGCAUUAACAGAGCUUUUCAGUGUGUACGGCUGCCCUCUGGCCAAGAAGAGAAAGAGUCUAGACAGACAAACCCUGGAAACCUCCCCUAAGAGGAGCACCUACCUAGAUGACAUGGACAACUCCACCAUGGAGGAGUGCUACGAGACAGACGGGACCGAGGAGAUGGAUGACAGGGAGGAAGAGGAGGAGGAAGGAGCGGUAGAAGAGGAGGAGGAGGAGGAGGAGGAGGAGGAAGAAGAGGGAGAAGUGGAGGAGGAAGAAGAGGAGAUGGAAGGCUACGUGGACUACAACGUAGAGCAAGUGGAGCACGAAGAAGGGGAGGUGGAGAGAGGGGACGGAGAGGGCGAGGAAGAGGAGGAGGAAGAAGAGGAGGUAGAGGUGGAGCAAGAAGAGGAGGAGGAGGAGGAGGGGGAUGAGGAGAGGGUGGAGGAGGCAGAAGAAGAGGAGGAAGCGGUAGAGGAGGACGACAACAACAACGAAGAGUACGAGAACUACGAUGAACUCGUAGCCAAGUCCCUCCUCAACCUGGGCAAGAUCGCAGAAGACGCUGCCAACCGAGCCAUGACGGAAUCUGAGAUGAACAGCAACUCCUCCAACAACGAGGAGGAAGAGGAGGAAGAGGAAGAGGGGGAAGGAGAUGAAACACAGAGGGCCGAUCUGAGUUUGGACGUUGAUAGUGAUGUGGUUCGGGAGACGGUGGACUCCCUUAAACUGCUGGCACAAGGUCACGGCGCAGUACUGGCUGACAAUUUAGAUGGACAGGAGUUUGAGGAUGGUACAGGUGAGAACGGGAACGAGAAUGACUGUACACACAAUGGGGGAAAUGCACACAAUGGUGGUAAUGGACAAGUUAAGACCACCGGUAACGGACAAAUAGAAAACAGCGAUGAGGAAGUGUGUUUAAGCAGUCUGGAGUGCCUACGGAACCAAUGCUUCGACCUGGCUCGGAAACUAAGCGAAACAAAGUCCGCUGACCGAAAUGGACCAUCCCAGCAAAAUCAUUUUUCAUGCGGGGAUCCCAAUCAACAGCCCCAGCAUCAUGGCUAUGGGGAUUUCCACCACAGCCAAGAUGACAGGCGAUCGCUUGAUAGGAACUAUUCUGACAUGGACAAUCUCAUGAAGCUCGAGGAACAGCUGAGCCCACGCUCCAAGGCCUUCUCCAGUUGCGCACAGGACGACCGGUAUCACUCCAAUCACCGGGACUUUGAUGAGGACACAGCCUCUGUGACGUCGGACCGAUCAGAAGAAGUGUUUGACAUGACAAAGGGUAACCUGUCCCUGUUGGAGAAGGCCAUUGCACUAGAAUCUGAACGCGCCAAGGCAAUGCGGGAUAAAAUGGCUGCCGAGGCCGCCAGAAGAGAUGGGGUGAGGUAUAGCCAUGAGGACCAUGGCCCACGGCAUGGCUAUGGUGUUGAGCGUAAAGCUCGGCUUCCUGAUGGUUUGAAGAAACCUUUCUACCAUAAAGAUGUUUCGCGCGCAGACAAGAAAGAGAGUCGGUGUCCGACACCAGGCUGCGACGGCACAGGUCACGUGACUGGCCUGUACCCACACCACCGCAGCCUGUCGGGCUGUCCGCACAAAGACAGGGUGCCACCAGAAAUUGUGGCUAUGUAUGAGAAUGUUCUUAAGUGUCCUACGCCUGGCUGCACGGGACGCGGCCAUGUCAAUAGCAACAGAAACUCCCACAGAAGUCUGUCAGGAUGCCCUAUCGCUGCAGCUGAGAAGCUGGCCAAAGCCCAGGAGAAGCACCAGAGCUGCGACGGCCCAAAGUCCAACCAGGCCUCUGACCGAGUCUUAAGGCCUAUGUGCUUUGUCAAACAACUGGACUAUCCACAGUAUGGUUACAAGAACAAUGUUUCCACCAGCACGCCCCGCUCCAACCUGGCCAAGGAGCUGGAGAAGUACUCCAAGACCAGCUUCGACUACAGCGCCUUCGAUGGCAGUAACAACCACCAAGUGUACGGGAAACGGGCCAUCGCACCCAAAGUUCACGGACAAAGGGACACCUCCCCCAAAGGAUACGACGCCAAACGUUACUGCAAGAACUCCAGCUCGGCCAGCAGCACCACCAGCACCUACGCUCCCAGCAGUAGCAGCAGCAGCCUGAGCUGUGGAGGUGGAGGAGGGGGCGCAGGAGGAGGCAGAGGCGGCGGGGGCAGCAGCGCCAGCAGCACCUGCAGCAAGAGCAGCUUUGACUACAGUCAUGACAUGGAGGCCGCACACAUGGCGGCCACGGCCAUCCUCAACCUGUCCACACGCUGCCGGGAAAUGCCCCACGGGAUGGGGGGGAAGCCCCAGGAUCUGUGCUCGCAGAGUCCCGGUCUAGAUGUUGACGAGAACGGUACGUUGGACCUGAGUAUGAGCAAGCGUCUGUGCAGUGGCAGCGGCGGAGGGGACUCGGUGCUCACCCCUCUAGAGCCCAUGUCCCCCCAGAGGCAAGCCGCCCUGCUGGGCUCCCGCUGUUACGGCAUGGGGGACGCCGCUGACUGCUGGGACCUGCCUCUAGACUACACCAAGAUCAAACACAUAGACGAGGACGAGAAAGAGCCGGACGACCUGGAUCCCUUCCAUGACCUGCUGGAGGACCGCUCCUACACCACAGAUGUUAACAUGCCCAGCCCCAAGCCCAAGUAUGUCCAGUGCAAAGAGAGUAAGAAGGACCUGAUAACUCUCUCAGGUUGUCCUUUAGCUGAUAAAAGCAUUCGAAGUAUGCUGGCCAACAACGCGCAAGAGCUCAAGUGCCCGACACCAGGGUGCGAUGGUUCGGGACAUAUCACUGGCAACUACGCCUCACACAGAAGUCUCUCAGGGUGUCCGCGGGCCAGGAAAAGUGGGAUAAAGAUCAUCCACAGUAAAGAGAACAAGGAGGACCAGGAGCCUAUCAGGUGUCCAGUCCCGGGUUGUGAUGGUCAGGGACACGUGACAGGAAAGUAUGCAUCCCAUAGAAGUGCAUCAGGAUGCCCCAUAGCAGCCAAGAGACAAAAGGACGGCUACUUGAAUGGCAUCCAGUUCACAUGGAAGUCUGGCAAGACAGAGGGCAUGUCAUGCCCCACACCGGGCUGUGACGGCUCAGGUCACGUCAGCGGCAGCUUCCUGACACAUCGCAGUCUGUCGGGUUGUCCGCGUGCCACCUCCGCCAUGAGGAAAGCCAGGCUCUCUGGAGUGGAAAUGCUAACAAUAAAGCAGCAACGUGCCAGCAACGGACUGGAGCACGAAGAGGACAUCAAACAGCUGGAUGAAGAAAUCAAAGAUUUAAGUGAAUCAAAUUCACAAGUGGAAGCAGACAUGAUCAAACUUCGAACGCAGAUUACAACAAUGGAGUCCAACCUGAAGUCCAUAGAGGAGGAAAACAAGAAACCACUGGCACACAAAGAGCCUCCUCUAAGAAAUAACAGCUGCUUACAGUUGCACCAGCAAGAGCCAAUAAGUGAGCAGAACUUUGACGCCUACGUGACCACUCUAACGGAUAUGUACACAAACCAAGACCAGUACCAGAGCCCGGAAAACAAAGCCCUGUUGGAAAACAUCAAGCAAGCUGUUCAAGGGAUCCAAGUGUAACCAUUCGGCAGAGGGAGAUUUUUGGUCCCCCAGCAGGUGUGGGUGGUGUAUCAAAUCGACAUACAAGCAGGCGGUGAUGGUUUGAGCUCCUCGGUUCGGUGCAGUAACUUAUAUAGUGUUAUAUAUGAAUUCUGUUCUCUCAAAAAAAGAGGUAUUAUGCUUAGAAAGACCUCAAUAAUUUCUUUCUUUGGUUCUUUUCUUUUUAGGCCUUGCUUUGAGGAAGAACAUAAAAAGAGUAAACGGCAAAAUAGUUUUUGAGGACAUUCACAUUUUGUACGUUUUCAUAUGAGCUGACAUAGUGUCAUGUAAUGUUUCUAGCUGCUCAUGUAUGCACAUUUUUAGUGUAUAUUUCUGAACAGUAAGCUAAUGAUAACAGAACGCGAGUUCUUUUUAUUGCUUGACAACAAAGCAUUUUAGAUGAAAAAACUGGACAGUGAAAUAAAAAACGAAAAAACUACGAGCAAGGAGGAAGCUACUCAUUUUUCUCCUCACCGGAUGAUUUUGGACUCGAUGAUUUUAGAUGUUUUUUUCUUCUCCUUCUUCUUCUUCUUCUUCUUCUCCUUCUUCUUCUUUUUGCGUGUACAUUGUUCAAGAGCAAGAACUGGUUUGCGAAUCGCUUUAUUUUCUGACAAUGCUUGAGAAACUUUUGUGUUUUGUUUUGAUGAACAAAAAAAAAGAAAAAGAAAAAAAAAAGACGUGUAGCUGUAGGUGGGGGCAUUUUUAAUUGGUGCUGUAGAUGAAUCCGGAGAGGAAACUGACCUGAUGUAUGUAUGAAUGUAUGUAUGAACAGUUAUAUUGUAAACAUCAUUACACGGAAACCCGAUGGUGGAAAUCCCAUUAUCUAGGAGAGCCAAUUAAUUCCUAGAGGAACACAUCUGUGCGGUGCAUGCAUGUUCACAUGCUCAUCCUUAACUAAUCUCAAAUAGAAAUGAUGUGUAAAGACAAUGAUCUAUAGAGACCACAUUCUAGCCUUUCUAGUAUCAAAUCUGCUCAAUUUCGAGACUCGUGUUGCUAGGAUCAAGAAACGUCUCAGCAAUAUAAUAAGUGAAUAAUUUGUUUAUAGUAGGUACGGGAUGCAAUCUGCAAAGGAAAAAAAAAAGGUUGGGUAUAUGCAAUUUCUUGUUUAUAAGCAUAGCGGGGUAACAUGAAUCUUUUUAAUAUAGCCUAUGUAAAAUAUUGAUUUUUAUACAAAUCUUUUAAUACAAAAAGUCUUUUUAAAAAAGAGGAGGGAACCUGGACAUUGAGUUUUAGAAGCGAAAGUAUAUGAGUUCCACUUUUUUUCUGUACGAUUUUGCACAGGGACACCUUCGUUUCCAUGUUUUGAUGUUCUUACAGAAACUAAAAAGCAGUACCCGAGAGCCUAAAAGGAGGGUUUCAGAGGGUUUUGUAAAGAGUAUUUAUAAGAGUAUGACAGCGGGACUUACAGGGUCACUGUCCCCACUUAUGUGCCAGUAGACUAUUUGCACUUGUCCUUGAAGAUAUUAUCCUUACGUACGGCGGCGUGCAAUUUUCCAGGUGACCUCUUUGGCACACGAUUGGAGCAACCAACUGCUUGGAGCCACUGUAGGUGUGGAUUUAGUACCACUGAGAGAGAAAGAACAGGGACUUGAAAUCAGAGAAGAGGAUGAUUAUAACCAUAGCAGUUACACUGUAGGCUAUUAUCAAGUGUAAAAACAUAAACAAUGUUCUUUCAUUUUUGCUAUGUUUUAGGAAGAUGAAGUUAUCCCCCAGCAGCACUUUAUAUCUAAUCACUGUACAAAGGAUUAAAUAGUCAAUCAAUUCAAGGUUUUAAAAAAAGCAGAAGAAAUGGUGGAUGAGACCUUCGAGGGGUGAUACAAUCCAGCGUCACGCCCGUAUGCCUGACUGUAUGCACCCCUCCAUUCUGUUGUUCUAGUUGUUAGCGAUCAUGUUCAGAAUUUGCCUUUUUGAGAGCUAAUGCAAAAGGUGCUUGUCGUUCACCUGAUUGAAUCUCAUCUAUUGUACUUUACUGUCCUCUUUCAGGACUCUACUACCCAUCAUCCAUGACUGCAUACGCCUUUUUCCACAGCAUUGUGUCUGCAGCUUUUUGCCAAUAUAGUAAUGCUUCAGUAGAGUAAUAGCUAGUACCAGUUUUUGAAUUAAUUCUCAUUAUCAGUAAAAAGGGAAAAGGGAUUUUAAAGCACAAACCGGCUGCUCAUCUGAUGUUGGUACAUAAAUAACAAAUCUGAAUAGAGUUAUCUGUGACUAUCUAUAGGGAACACAAAAAGGUUGUCACAUAUUUAGAAAGCUGACUUUUCAUAUAAAUUAUUGUGAAUUCAUCAGAGUUUAUUAUUUUAUUUGAGCCAAUUCAUUUUGAGACUGGUUUUCAGUGACCAUUAACAAAGACAGGAUUUUGUAUAAACUAUUGUGCUCUCUGUGGAACUGAAGUUUGAUUUAUUUUUGUACUACACAGCAUGGAUUUGUUGACAUUUUAAUUUUGCUAUAAAUGUGUGAGAUCACAAGUUGCUGUGAUAUUUCAUUUAUAAAUUGUGAACUUUGUACAAUUUUUGUCAUGCUGGAUGUUGACACAUCUUACUCUGAAUAAAGAAAAAAAUGUGUUGCCAGA